UUUCAGUUCGGAACUCUGGAUCUCUCAAAUACCCGAGAUUCCUUAUUUUCUUUUUUCCUAUUAGUGCUACAGAAACCUAAGGAAAUUUAUCAUUAUGGAAGAUUCCACUGAGCAGUGAAGAGGGCUUUAUUGGUGUCAAGAUGCAGAAAAUGUCACUGAUUCCCACGGAACUGGAAAAAUAAGAAUCUUUGGCCUACUUUGACCAAGACGCAGAAGGCGUCAUGAUGGGUAGUGACACCUUACAUAAAUCUAGCCCAAGCUCCACAGCCAGCCAAUCUGAGGUGCCAAUGCAAGUGAUCCAACAGGUACAGGUCAUGCAACAGCACUUGGUAGUUCAAAAUGCAGCCCAGCUCAGUAAAGGAGAUCAAAAACUCUCACUGGCAGAUGAUAGUAUGCAAGAGAUGUCCAGGACCCCAGAGGUGCAACAGCUCCAGCAGGAGCCUGUUCAGCAUGUGUAUUCCAAUCAAGUGCAGUUCAUGGAAGAUGUUGCUGCCAGUUAUACAGCAAGCACCGAGAACCGGAUGGUCACCAACUCCAGUGCCAUGGGAAGAGGAGGUAGUUGUGACAGAAUUGAAGCUGGAACCUAUGUGAUCCAGGGUGGAUUCAUCCCAGACAGAUCAAUCCAGCCAUACUCUCACACGACUCGUGCCCCACCGGCUACUGUUCAGUGGCUGCAGGAUAACUAUGAAACAGCUGAAGGUGAGAGUUUACCUCACAGUACACUGUAUUGCCACUACCUCUUGCACUGCCAAGAGCAAAAAUUGGAACCCGUAAACUCUGCUUCUCUUGGCAAGCUUAUCCGCUGUGUCUUCAUGGGUCUUCGGACACGCCGCCUUGGCACCAGGGGAAACUCCAAGUACCAUUAUUAUGGCCUCCGUAUCAAAGCCAGUUCCCCAUUGCCACGUUUGACUGGGGACCAGAAGCAAAUAGCCAUGCAGGGACAGCCCUUCUCCCAAAAACAAGGGCUCAAGCCUAUCCAGACGGUGGAUCGACUGAUCAGUGGUGUGGCUGAGUGCCAGCAGCAGGAGUCAGGACUUUCUGACAUCAAUUCACAAAUCCAGCAGUGUCAGCAUUUCUUGGAUGCAUCAUGGAGCCUCCCAGACUUCACGGAACUCAAUCUGCAGGGCAAAAUGUUACCGGAGGGUAUCGGGGUUGAGGAUGUGAAGGCCUUUCAGAUCCUGUACCGGGAACACUGCGAGGCCAUUAUCAACAUGAUAAUCAACCUGAAGUUCACCCUGCUGGAGUCCUUAUGGAAAACGUUUUGGAGAUACAAUCUUGCCCAGCCCAAGGAGGGUCCUUUCAUGGUAACCUAUGAUGAAGCUGAGAAGCGGUUACCUAAGAAUCGUCUGGUUAUCUUAUCCAAGUAUAAGUCUGUGCUCAGGUGGACCAAAGACUGUGACAACCUGCUGUACCAGGGCCUAGUGGAGAUUCUCAUUCCAGAUGUGCUACGUCCUAUCCCCAGUAUCUUGAUGCAAGCUAUCAGAAAUUUUGCCAAAAGCCUGGAAAGCUGGCUCACCAAUGCCAUGAUGAAUAUUCCAGAGGAGAUGGUGUUUGUGAAGGUGGCAACUGCAAGUACCUUCGCCCAGACUCUGCGGCGCUACACUUCUCUCAAUCAUCUGGCACAAGGAGCUCGAGGCGUGCUGCAGAAUACAGUGCAGAUUAACCAGAUGCUCAAUGACCUCAACCAUGUUGACUUUGCAGAUAUCCAGGAGCAGGCUUCAUGGGUGGGCCACUGUGAGAACAGUAUAGUGCAACAACUGGAGCAGGACUUCAAGGUGACACUACAGCAACAGUACUCCCUGGAGCAGUGGGCAUCCUGGCUGGACUGUGUGGUCAGCCAGGUACUCAAGCCAUACGAGGGUAGCCCCAGUUUCCCCAAGGCUGCCAAGCUCUUCAUCCUCAAGUGGUCCUUCUACAGCUCCCUAGUGAUUCGGGACCUGACUUUGCACGGUGCUGCCAGCUUUGGUUCCUUCCACCUGAUCUGGCUGUUCUGUGAUGAAUACAUGUACUAUCUGAUUGAACAUCGUGUGGCACAGGACAGGAGCAAGACCCCUAUUGCUAUCAUGGGUGAGUUCACCAGCCUGGCCUGCUCCCUAAACCACCUGGAUCCUGAAAAAAAAGAUGAGGAAGAGGAGGAAGAAGUGGAGAACAUAGGUGACUUGGCCCAGGAAAUUUCUUCUGACUUCAGUGAAUCAACUCCACUCCACUCGGAAUCUCUGGAGCCUGCGACCAAGUUGCUGAGAAUAGAUGGAGAGGCCAUCUUCCUUCAGUCAUGCUUUCUAACUAAAUAACCCUUAGUGGAUGAGUCCAAAACUUGACCUGUACCUUUUUCCCUCCUGCCCUCUAUUGGUGCCAUCUCAGAGGGCAUUAAGCAUUCCACCAUGUUCUUUAGAAUCGGUUACAAGUAGUUCAGGCUUUCACUAAAGAGUCCCUUGCCUCCCUUCACCUUUUUACUAAUUACUGUACCACAUCCCAGGUAUAUAAUAUAACCAAACUAAAGUCUCGUUUAUAAAGGCCUAUAUAGCUUGUAUGGGUUUGUUUUCCUUUGUUUUGCCUCGCAUAUGGGUGUGGAGUUUGUGGGCACUUCCCUCCUUCUCUAAUUGGUGGCUUUUUGACCUGCCCUUUAUGAGCA